CAUUAUCACGGUGACUCUUUCAUCAUGGCACAAGGUUCAAGACUCGAGGGCAAGGUUGCCAUCGUGACCGGUAUGAUCCCAUCGUGCCCCUCAGGAGGCGGCUCUGGAUUUGGAGCUGCAAUUGCCCGUAGAUUUGGCGAAGAGGGCGCCAAAGUCGUGAUCACCGAUAUCAAUACAGAAGGUGGUGAGAAAGUCGCUGCCUUGAACCCGAGCAAUCUGGUCUUCCAGCGUCAAGACGUCACCAACGAAGACGAAUGGAAGAGCGUUGCCGAUCUCGCGUUUUCCAAGUUUGGAAGGCUCGAUAUUCUUGUCAACAAUGCAGGAACGUCUUAUCGAAACAAGCCCACUGUGGAAGUGACCGACGACGAAUGGGAGCGUGUAUUCAAGGUCAACAUCAAGAGUAUCUACCUGGCCGGCAAGGUUGUCAUCCCUCGUCUGAUUGAGCAGGGCCAAGGUGGCUCGGUGAUCAACAUCUCCUCGACGGGCGCAGCUCGUCCACGACCCGGCCUGGUAUGGUAUAACGCGUCUAAGGGUGCAGUGACAAAUGCCACCAAGGGUCUCGCAGCAGAAUACGGUCCUCACAACAUUCGAGUGAACAGUGUAGCUCCGCUGCUUUCGGGAACCGGGCUUUUCUCGAUGUUCACGGGAAUGGAAGACACCCCCGAGAACCGACAAAAGUUCAUCGGCAAUGUUCCCCUUGGUCGUCUCACUGAGGCGGAUGAUAUCGCGAACAUGGUUCUCUACCUGGCUAGUGAGGAGGGACGGUUCAUCAACGGCACGGAAAUGGUCGUCGACGGUGGAAAGUGUAUCUAG